AUGGGUAUCCCAGGGCUUAUCAACGCCAUUGGUGCUGGGGAGCGUGUCUCCCUGGCCAAAGUCGCCAUAUCGCACCUGGAACGAACCGCAAGGCCCAUCCGAAUCGCCGUUGAUAUCUCAAUCUGGCUUUUCCAGGUCCAGGCAUCGCGCGGGGGAAAGAAUCCCGAACUACGAACGCUGUAUUACCGACUGCUGAAGCUUCUAGCUUUGCCUAUUCACCCGCUCUUCGUCUAUGAUGGCCGCCAUAAACCACCAUUCAAACGAGGGAAAGCGGUGUCAUCACGGAGCUCCGGCAAUCCACCCCUUAUCCAACGCUCGAAGGAUCUUAUCGAGCGGUUUCGGUUUCCAUGGCAUGAAGCCCCCGGGGAGGCGGAAGCUGAGUGUGCACGGUUGCAACAGGCCGGCAUCGUCGACGCAGUGAUGAGUAACGACGUGGAUACCCUGAUGUUUGGAUCAACAUUCACAAUCAAGAAUUUCUCGAAAGAAAGCGGCAGCGGAACCACUGGAGCAACACACGUCACUUGUUACCAUAUGGGCAACCCGGGAUAUGUCUCAAAUGUUCCCUUUGACAGGGCAGGGAUGAUUCUAUUCGCUAUGCUCAGCGGAGGCGAUUAUUUGCCGUCCGGCGUUCCCAAGUGCGGUAGCAAAUUGGCUGCAGAGAUUGCGAAGGCUAAGUUUGGCGAGGAUCUUCUUACAGAAAUUGCCGUACGUGGGCCAGAUCUGGACUCAAGACUUGGUGAGUGGCGAGAGCGAUUGCAGUACGAACUGGAUGAAAAUGAAAGUGGCUGGUUUGCGACGAAACAUAAGGCAGUCCGGAUACCAAAAACCUUUCCCGAUCGGACAAUUCUAGAGUACUAUGCUGAGCCGAAAGUGUCCACUGAGGAUGAAAUGGCGGAUCUCAGGCGCCGGUUGAAGCAUGCCUGGGAUAGAGAAAUCGAUCCCUUGGCGAUUAGGAGCUUUGCUGCGGAUAAUUUCGAGUGGAACUAUCGCUCGGGUGCUCGAAAGGUGAUUAAGAAUCUAGCCGAGCCUCUCGUUGCCUACAAACUUCGCCUGCAAAGACCGGUCUCGGCUGUACCUGUUGGCUCACUGGCACCCCAAUGUGAUGAGCCCUGGCUGCAAAAAGUAUACAAGAGUCGUGUAUGCUUUGGUACAGAUGGCUUGGUCGAGCUGCAAAUCGAUAUCCUUCCGAUUGAUGUUGUUGGCCUUGAUCUCAUGGCUGAAGAACCCAAUCCUCCUCUACCGUCACAGGAAACGGAGCCUUCACAAGGGACAGUUCAAUCUGGCGAUGAGGAAGACGAUGCAGAAAUUGCUGCCGAUGGCCCUCCGCCAACUCCGUCAAAAUCUCGAGUGACAAAACGCUACGAUAUCUAUGCCAUUCAGAAGGUCUGGGUCUUAGAAACUGUAGCCAGACUUGGCCUUCCAGUUGUUGUUCAGAAAUGGGAGGAUGAGCAGGCUGCCAAGGCCAACAAGGCUGCCGCUCCCAAGAAGUCGAGCAGUCGACGAACAGGACCCAAAAAGAAGGGGCCAAUAGACCCAGGAAUGAAGCGUGGCAGCAUUUUGAAAUACGGAACCCUCACAAAAGAAACAUCAGAACUCUCUGCUUCUAACAGGUCUCUCUUGCUGGAAGCUGCGUCUACAAAAACCCAGUCCCCCCAAUUCCAAAGUUUCUCAUCAUCCUCCCAGAUCAUCGAUCUUGAGGACGAUGCCGUCACGCCGAGCAUGUACCCCCAGCAACAAGCAUCGGAUCAUAUGCGUUACUCCUCGCGCGAGGUGACCGAUUUGAUUGACACCUUCUCUUCGUUGUCUACUAUGUCACCAACACCAAUAGUGAAGCGCCAUCCAAUGACCGACCAAUCACGAGUACACCGGCGAGCUGCUGCCGGUGUAAGCGGUGGAAUUGAACUCGACGAGUCAAGCUUUUCAAGUGAGGAGACCGUCGAUAUACAGAACUCGUCUCUUCCAGCGGGAAUAAGGCUGAGUUACUCAGUCACGGAAUUGAGAGGCUCAACAACUGAGGAUGGGGUCGCUCAAAAAGAGAUUGCGAUUCCCAUGCGAAAAUCCAAACGCAACAUUCGCAGCACUCCCAAAACGCCCGGCAAGGCUCCUCAUGCCCAAGAGAGUGCAGCCGACGUCGACAGUUUGGAGAGAUCCAUUGACUUAUUGUCACUAUCAGUGAAGCAUAACAUUGAAAACGAUAAUAAAUCCUCUUCAGUCCGAGUGUUGCGCCAGCCCGCGUCCUCGAAGAUGGAAAAACAAAGCGUGCCCGAUUGCCCUCCGAAAAUAUGGCCUGUUAAUAUUUUACUCCCAUCCGAAAGGCCUGUGCCGUUGCAGGGCCACCCAGCAGCCACUGUUGAAUCUGCAAUCAAGUUGAAACAGCGGCAUGAUGAGCAUGCUCCUCCGUCGGAGACGAAACCUUCAGCCAGAAAGUCUCGUAAUGACUCAAUGGACCCACUGAAGCCUUCGAUAAAGGCAAAGGAGCAAGUUUCGGAGCAUAAGCAAACAAAAGGUCAUAUUGAAAAUAUCACAGUCUCAAAUGGAAUCUGGACGGUUGACCCGCCCACUCAAACCGAGACGAAAUUGGUGGACUCGAAUGUUCGCAAAACCGCAAUUGAGGGCGACACUGGACAUGGGAAGAAACCUCAAAAUCAAAAGAAGCGAGUGGCCCGAGUGAGCAUUCUGGAUUUGAGCUGA